AUGUUGAGAAGUUACUUUGCAUUUUUCAGUGAGGUCUACAUGAAUCAACGCGAUCGUCGUCUUUUGGACUUUCACUUUGCAAACCUGGAAUGUGUAAGCGGAGGGACUUUGGAUAAGCUGUCGUUACAGUAUUUCGAUCAAGAGGAUGAAUUUCAGUUUUCUGGAUCGCACAUGGCCAGUACGUGUUUAUAUUUUAACAAAGUGCAGUCGUCGAAACUAUCAAGUUCAACGAGAAAGGUGUUUUCUAUCUCAUUUCUGAACAAUGAUAUGAUAUAUUAUAAAUGUCUUUCAUUAAAGUUAUCUGCAAAAAUUGUUGGAAUUGAUAAAACGUUAGCUACUUUUAAUCAACGGAUCCAUCACACAGGUGUUGAAGUGCAUUACAAGAAGGAUGGAAAGGUCUCUAUAGUCGAGGGCGAUGUUUGUCUUUGUACCAUUCCAUUGGGAGUGUUGAAGCGAUCAGUAAAUGGAUCCAAUGAUGCUCCAAAAUUUGAGCCAUUGUUACCAGAAAACACUGUGAAUGCCAUAAAUGAGAUGGGCUUUGGGAAUUUUAAUAAGGUAUGUGCCGCCAUUUUGGAGUUUUUUCUUUGUUACUUAUUACUAUUACUAUUUUUUUCUUUCCUUUUUUUGUGGCGGGAGACCUUUUACCAGCAUGGGAUUUAUAAGUUACGCUUUAUACAUUUUCCACAUGAUGCGCCGAAGUUUUUAUUCAUUAUACAUGUAACUUCUUUAUUAGGUGAUUUAUGUGAUACGUUGGCCGAGCCUAUUCGCGCUCGCAACGAAGACGGUUCUUACAGUGGUCCUGAACGAAUUUUUUUCGCUGGUGAGCACACAUGUGGACGGUAUCCUGCUUCAGUUCACGUGAGGAAUAUAUCAUUUUUUAAAUUAUCAAGAAUGUGGAGUGUUAUUUUAUAUAUUUAUAUAUAUAUAUAUACAUUGGAAUUCGUGUAUUUAUAUUACAUUGUUUUCUGUACGAGAAUAAUACGACAAUAG